UCUGUCUCUUCCAGGCAGAGGUGUACAGGAAGCGCUGCUGAGGCUAGGGUGUCUCAUUACUUCCUCAUUUGCCAGACAGUCACUGUGGUGUUGGAUGUGAAUUCUUUGCUUUCUUUAAUAAUUCUUUGUGGGGAAACAAAUUUAGGCCAGAAUGAACUUCAUAUCUUCAGGUUUCUUGGCAGGAUCCACUCGCUCCUCAAAAUCAAGGACAGAGUUUGGUGCUUUUAUGUGAAGUGUCCUUUAUUUAAGCACCAAUAGAAAGUCUUUCUGCUGUGUUUGUCUUUCAGACCGCCUGCAGGAUUAUAUUGGAAAAGAGGAGGAUUUCUCUGACCAGCAGCUCUGUGGACAGGAGAGGAAUUCCAGUUUGGAUCAAGAGGAACCAGAAGCUCUGCAGAUAAAAGAAGAGCAGAAAGAACCAGAAGAUCCCUGGACUAAAGAGGAAACCAUGGAGCUCCCCAUAAACCGCCUGCAGGAUUAUGUUGGAAAAGAGGAGGAUUUCUCUGACCAGCAGCUCUGUGGACAGGAGAGGAAUUCCAGUUUGGAUCAAGAGGAACCAGAAGCUCUGCAGAUAAAAGAAGAGCAGAAAGAACCAGAAGAUCCCUGGACUAAAGAGGAAACCAUGGAGCUCCCCAUAAGUGAGUAUGAAGAGCAGCUUGUUCUGAAUCAGGAAAUUGAAGAGAAACCUUCCUCCUGUUUGACACGUGAAGAAGACUGCCAAAAAAAAGAAUAUUUUAUGGUUCACACUCACACAGGUCCGAAGAUUUAUGAAUGUCUGUCCUGUGGAAAAAUGUUCAAACUGAAAUAUCAUCUUGAUAAACACAUCAGAAUUCACACAGGUGAGAAGCCUUUUUCCUGUACCAUCUGUAGCAAGAAUUUUACUGACAAAAGUAGUUUGACUUCUCACACGAGAAUUCACACAGGUGAGAAACCUUUUGAAUGUCUGUACUGUCGAAAAAGCUUCACACAGAAAUCUAAUCUUGACAAACACAUCAGAAUUCACACAGGGGAGAAGCCCUUUAAAUGUCUGUCCUGCGGAAAACGCUUCAUUCAGAAAUCUAAUCUUGAUAAACACGUCAGAAUUCACACAGGUGAGAAACCCUUUGAAUGUAUGUCCUGUGGAAAAAGCUUCUACUUUAAGUCUGAUCUUAAUAAUCACAUCAGAAUUCACACAGGUGAGAAGCCUUUUUCCUGUACCAUUUGUAACAAGAACUUCAAUGACAGGAGUGGUUUGACUAAACACGUGAGAAUUCACAAUGGUGAGAAGCCUUUUUCCUGUACCUUUUGUAACAAGAAUUUUAAUGACAAGAGUAAUUUGACUAAACACAUGCGAAUUCACACAGGUGAGAAAUCUUUUUCCUGUACCAUUUGUAACAAGAAUUUUAAAGACAAGAGUUAUUUUACCUAUCACAUGAGAAUCCACAAAGGUGAGAAACCUUUUCUAUGUCUGUCCUGUGGAAAAUGCUUCACUCAGAAAUCUAGUGUUGAUAAACACAUCAGAAUUCACACAGGUGAGAAGCCCUUUCAGUGUCUGUCCUGUGGAAAACGCUUCACUCAGAAAUCUAAUCUUGAUAAACACAUGAGACUUCAUACAGACGAGAAGCAUUUUGAAUGUCCGACCUGUGGAAAAAGCUUCACCUCCAAGUCUGAUCUGAAUAAUCACAUCAGAAUUCACACAGGAGAGAACCCUUUUUCCUGCAACACUUGUAACAAGAAUUUUACUGACAAAACUAGUUUGACUAAACACAUCAGAAUUCACGCGGUUGCUAAAUCUUUUUCCUGUACCUUUUGUAACAAGAAAUUUAAAGAUGAGAGUAAUUUGACCUAUCACACGAGAAUUCACAAAGGUGAGAAACCUUUUGAAUGUCUGUCCUGUAGAAAAAGCUUCACUCAGAAAUCUAAUCUUGAUAGACACAUGAGAAUUCACACAGGAGAGAAACCUUUCUCCUGCACGAUUUGUAGCAAGAAUUUUACCGACCAGAGUAAUUUGACUUCUCACAAGAGAAUUCACAAAGCAGAGAAACCUUUUGAAUGUCUGUCCUGUAGAAAAAGCUUCACUCAGAAAUCUAAUCUUGAAAGGCACAUCAGAAUUCACAUAGGUGAGAAGGCUUUUGAAUGUCUGUCAUGUAGAAAAAGCUUCACUCAGAAAACUCAUCUCGAUAGACACAUGAGAAUUCACACAGGAGAGAAGCCUUUUUCCAGUACCAUUUGUGAGAAGGAUUUUACUGACAAGAGUAGUUUGACUUCUCACAUGAAUAUUCACACAGGUGAGAAGCUGAAUGAUUUGUGACAAAGGGUUUAAAUGAGAAGCUUAUAGAUAUGCAGGAUUUAGAAUGGUUUAUAUU